AUGAUUGCCGACCCGGUGCAUAACUAUACAUGCACAUUUUACGAAUGGUCACGCAACCCACAUCAUGCCAAAUUCUUUCGAAUUUUCUCAAUUAUUUCUGUGUUGACUGUAUUGGUGGUAGUCGUGGUACUUGGAAAUGCUCUCGUUAUUGCCGCUGUUCUUUUACGAAGACGACUACGUUCGGCUACCGGCCUGCUUAUUCUUUCACUAGGAGUGGCCGAUCUUUUGGUAGGGACAGUUAUUCUGCCAUUCAGUAUUGCGAACGAAGUUCUAAAUGGUUACUGGAUCUUCGGAGAGACAUGGUGCACAAUCUGGCUAACAAUGGAUAUUUGGAUGUGCACAGCAUCGAUCUAUAACCUUGUCGCCAUAUCUAUUGAUCGAUACAUAGCAAUAAUCAAACCAUUGAAUUAUCCUAUGCUAGUGACGAAAUUCCGAGCUCGAUGUACCGUUGCGAUUGUGUGGAUUGGAUCAUUUAUAAUCUGUAGCCCAAGCUUUUUCCUCGCAUCUUCUAUAAAGGAUGUGAAUCAGGAGCCGUGUAAAUGCACACCCGCUAAUGCUGGUCGCGCCUACAUAACCUUUAGUGCUUCGAGCAGCUUUUAUGUGCCUAUGGUUAUCGUGAUAUUUGUGUAUUUCCGUAUCUACAUCGCCGCACGAGCAGCAACUAAGAGUAUUUAUUCUGGGAUGAUGCAAGUGACGGCGAAUGCCAAUAAGAACACGAAAAGCUACUUGAUCAACCAUCCUAAUGUGUUGGCGAAGGAAUCCUUGCCGAUGUUGCGAGUGCAUCGUGGAUCAUCAGUCACUAAUAUUCGUCCACCACAUCUUUCAUCGAGAGUGACUAACGCGCAUAACGGUAGUGGUGCAACGAAUUCGCAAAGAGAAAGCAACGCUUCCCUUCCAACGAUCAGACAUGAUGGCGAGGGACAAGUUUCCGUUCAACAUCCUACAUCACCGAAUAGAAGAGUAUCACGUGAUAAGUCGCCAGUUCCAACAAAAAUGACUACGGAGAAAGCCAGUACCGCCUCAGAAGAUUCUGCCGGGUCGCCAACAAAGCAGAAGGCUGCCCAUCUUGAGCCGGAAGCAAACUGUGAUAUGCCGACACCAAAGAUACCUUUGCGAGCAAAACUUCGAAACAAUCCGUUGCGAAAAUUAAUGCAAAGAGGGCAUGCGAAGAAGAGCGGCUGUGCAUAUGAGAAACGACUGUCCUUAGAGAUUAAGGCGGCAAAAACAGUCGCAAUCGUGACGGGUUGUUUCAUUUUCUGUUGGCUUGGAUUCUCAUUGUUGUAUGGUCUCGAAUUACAAACAAAUGACGUCAUAUGGUCGGUGCUAUUUUGGCUUGGCUACCUGAACUCAGCGUUGAAUCCUGUGAUUUACACUGUGUUCAAUCGAGAGUUUCGCACAUGCUUCAAACGACUGCUCACAUGUCAUCAUCUGAAUCAUCCGACCACUAACAAGUACACGAACAACUCGUACAACUCAAACGUCCGUUCUGGAGUCAAUAAGAACUAUCGUACAGCCUCUUCUCCACCACAAAUGUACGCUGGGAACACGAACAUGCCGUCAGUUAGCAAGUAG